AUGUUUUAGAAUCCAUUUUUCAGAUCUAGUGGAGCAUCUAGCCCAAAAAAUAAUUCAUAAUCUAAUCCAUCAAGACCAUCUGUGUAGGAUAUUAUGAAUAAAUAUAAAAAUCCUUUAGAAAGAGUAUCACAUGUUGAUGAAUAAAUAUUAGGCAGUCUUAACGAAUCCUCAAAUGUAGUGAAUUAAUAACAAAUUAUAGUUUUUAAAUGAAUAAUCAAGACAUGAUAAGAUGUUUCUUAAUCCAAUCUAACCAAAGUUUGAUUUGGAUCCACCACCAAAAAAAGAUGCACUUGCUCGAUUAACCUUUGGAGAAGAGAACAAGAAAUUUGAAUCAUAAAAAUUACAACAUUAGCGUUUACUAAAUGAAAAUGAUCUCUUUGAUGAUAUGUCUCAUUUAAAAGAUAAAGUAUUAAGUAUAUUAAUCUUCAAAUAUCAAAGACAUGUUAGAGAGGUAUUCAGUAGCUUUGAAGGUUCCAGAAUAACAUAAAUAAAGGAACAUUAUCAAAUAACAAUUAGAAUUAGAUGCCAAUCAAGUAGCAUAGGAAUAUUCUUAAAUUGUGGAUAAAUUUAACAAUCCAGAUUUAUCUGCUAUUUCAAUUGCUGACAGUACUAUACCAGCUUAAAAAGUAUUUAUAUAAAUUGAAUAAGGAGUAACAAUUAACUUAGAUGUUUAAUCUAGUAGAAGAAUUUCUAACUAAAUUUAAGAAUAUAUCUUAAUAGUAGUAAGAGAAAUCUUAAUUAUUACGAUCUCGCAUUAAUGCAGGUGAAUCUCAACUUUAAACAAAUAAAUCUAGUGAAACGAAUAAAUAAUUUACUUCUUAAUCUAUAUAAUAAAGUAAGCAUUCAAGUUAAGCAGUUAAAUAUAAGGCUCAAGCAUAAUUUGCAUAAACUUUAGCUAUUGGUUAAUCUAAUUUAAGUUAAAAUUCGUAUCAAUAUACUUUCAAUAAAAGUAAUGGAUUUCAACAAUAAAGUCCAAUUAAACCUAACACUUUUUAAUCUGUGCCAUCUGCAAUUGCAGCAUAUGAAUAGAAAUCAAUUCCUGCUCAGCAACCAUAAACCUAAUUAGAUAUGACAGUUUAUUCUCAAUUUCCAAAGAUGGAUGAUUCUUUUUAUGAUCAGAAAUAAAUAUCUAUAUAAAGAAUUAAUGCAAAAUUGGCUACUUUGAAAUAGAAAUUACAAUAGGAACUCUAAAAGGAAAAUAUGCCAUAUACUUAAAGGAUCUUAAAUGAAAUGAUUUCAAGUCUUUAAGAAAUAAUAAAUACUCAAGAUUAUUAAUUGGUAAAAACAAUUAUAUUUAGAAUUGAAUAAGGAAUUCAAUAAUUAUCAAAUAAUAAGGAAGGGUCAAUUAAUCUGUAUAAAUAUAUUAAUAAAGCUUUGGUUAAUUCUAAAAUGAAAACAGAUUUAUUUACUCAAAGAGCUUCAAUGCCUGUUAAUAUUCAAGGAGAAUAGCGCAAUAGUUCAACAAAUUCUUACUUAACUCCAUCUAAGAUUGAAAAUGGUAACACAAAAUAAACAUAGAAAAUAGAUAUUGAUCAUAACUUAUAUUUUGAAUAGAGAUUAAGUAAUCUAAAUAAACCAGAUAUUCCUAAAGGAAAAUAAUAAUCAUAUCUAAAUUAAAUAACAUAAUCUAAUUCUGGAUAUGAAACUAGGGGAUCAGUUGAGUAUGAUAGAAGAUAACAAGAUCAUAAAACACAAUCUCAAGAUGCUCGUUUGAGUUAUUAAUUAUAAUUUGAAUCUAGACCUAGUAUAAAUUUAGAAUAAAGAUAUUCAAGUAAUGAACCUAAAAAUAUAUAUUAUGGAACUGAUAUUCAGAGAAGAUCUGAAUAAAAUUCUUUUUAGGAAACAUAGAAAUUUAAUUAAGAGAGGAAAUCUGAAAUAUCUAGAUUAUCUGAAAAUUCAUUAAGAUAAUCAGAUAUGUAGAGACCAUCUGAAUAAACGAUGAAAAGAUUAUUUUUUGAUGCUGCUUUGACAUAAAAAAAUAAAUUACCUUAGAGUCAUCCAGGUAGAAAUAUUAUGGUUUCUGAUCUUUAUGAAGAAUAUGUAAAAAUAGGUGGAGACAUGCACAAAUUUAUAUAAUAAUAAUUUGAUCGUUAUUGA